CACAUGAUUAUUGUUCGCUGCUACAAGUGUGAGAGAAAUAUUGGGAAUCAAACAAAUUACAUUUUUUUGUGCUCGAGGUUAUCGAGUUAAAGAAAGAAGCUAAUGUUUUGAGGAAAGCCAUCUUCAUUAUAUCCACAAUAAUAGAUGUUGAUGUUGGUAAUACGCAGACAUAAUUACAUUUCUUGUGCUCUUUUCCCUGGUUCCAACGGUGAAACUGGGCAAAAAUCUGAAAUUUUAUUUUGAAUUUUGAACUCUUUUUCUGCAAUCGAUUUACACUCUCUGACAUUCUCAAGGCCUGAAUCAAUGCAUAUUGCAUCUUUUGGGCAUGAACUUCCACUGUGCCACUCAUUGAGCCAUCAAUACACAUUCUCUUGUCUUUCACAUUGAUGUUGAACUCUUAAGUUCCCAUAUCACCUAGUUUUUGUUUUUGGUUAUGCAGAGUUGCAGUCAAUGAAAGAUAAACAAAACACUUACCAGAGGGAUAAAAAACAAAGCCUGAGCUGUCAAAAGACCUCAAGGACCCUCUAAUCCUCAGGGUCAAAGAAAGAAAACCAGAAAGGGUCCUGAGUCCAGUAGCACUGCUCCUGCCACACCUCCAGCAUUGCCAGCACCACUUCCUCAGCCUUCCGCACAAAACCAAGUCAAUGCUGAGGAAGGAGGAGCACUGUUAGAUUUUACCCUCCAAAGGCUCAAGAGCUUUACAAUGUUUAUUUGGAUGGGACAGCUGAAAUGGAGCCCCGGGCUUUCUGUUACGACAGCAGGGUGCAACUCAAUGUGACAGCUAGACAAGGUUUCCUGGAAUUUGUGAUUGAGCUGGAGUGAAGAAAUUGGAGAGUAUUGGCUCAUCAGAGGUGGGCUGUGAAUCAAACUCUUCUGAGAGAGUUCUUUGCAAAUGCAGCAGUGUUGCCUAGAUCAGCAAGAGAGGUAACAGUGAGGGGCAAGGUGGUGCCUUUCCAUCCUCAGGCCUUUAGCACUGUGCUUGAGAUUCCGCCCGUGGACGACAAGGAAUAUAUAGAUUCCAUUAAUGACAAAACGGGCAAAUACAGAAUUUGGGCUGCUGACUUCAUAGGUGAUCCAGAACAUGUUGGAGAAUGGCAGAACAUUCCAAGGGCUACUAUUCUUAAGCAUACACUCAUUCCCACGGUAAAGAAUUGGUUAGCUUUGAUUACUAACCGUCUUCAACCAACUUUAGACCCGAGGGAGGUUCCUGAUAAGACAGCCAUACUAAUUGCAGCUAUCAUGAAAGUGUGGCCUAUUAAUGUGGGAGCGGUUAUCACUUCCACCCUUCUGGAAGUGUUUACUCUGACACAGCUAAUGAAGAUCCACGAGCUUCAUAGCAUUCCUGGUGAUGUUUAAGUAGGAUGUCCGAUACCAACUGAUAUUAGGAAUUUUCAAAAUGAGGACCCAAAAGGUGGGAAGUCUCAGCCUUGAAGAGUCCCACUAUAUCCAGCUCCUGUGCGUGCUACAUCCACUCAGUCAGUUCCUGCUACUUCUACCACUCAGUCAGUCCCUGCCACUUCCACCACUAAGUCAGUCCCUGCCACUUCCAGCACUCAGUCAGUCCCGGUCAUUUCCACAGCUCAGUCAGUGCCAGCCACCACCUCAGCCUCCUUUCCUGCCACUACUUCUGGGACUCAAGGGCAAUCUACUCACGCAGUGAGCGAAAGAAUAGAAGCCGAAAAACUUCGCAACAUCUUUAAAGAGUUCAAAACUGACAUUCAAAAGGUAAAGGAGGACAUUAGUACAAAGGUGGAUACACUAGAAAAGAAUAUAGCUACUGACAAAAAGGUUCUGACAUCGACUUUGCAUAGCAACAUAUCACAGACACCAAUGCCAAAGUAAACAUGAUGAUUCAACCACCUGGAGGAGUGAGGCCUCUUCAUUUGAUGAAUGUUCCCUAUCACGUCACAUGUGAGACCUUUGGAACACCUUGAGUGCUAUCCAGCACACCCUGAACUUGAUGUUAAAGAGAGAAGCAAAGAGGGCUGAAUGCAAAGACGCUGUUUCUGGUGUAGUGACUAGAGUGGCAGUCCUAGAGGGUAGAGUACAGAGACUAGAUGGCAGUCAGGGACCGUCUGAGCCAAAAGCAUUACCCACGGGCAUUCUUACCACUGAGGAGAUUCCAGCUCUCUUUAAGGUGCCUGUUUCAGUGGACCCUCUUCCACGUGAUCCUAUUGUAGAUGUGCCCAUCAAGACUCUAGAUCAUGGUAAGGGCAAGAUGACAAUUGAGGAGGAGGGGUCCACUUAUGACGUUGAGCUUGAGGGUGCAGAAUCAAAUGCCGAGGCUGAUGAUGAUGAGGAUGAGAGCACACAGUUUCAGACUCUAUUGUAUCAGGAGGCAGGUGCACAAAUGAGGGACAAAAAAGAAGAACUAGAAGAUCUUGAAGCUUUGAAUCAAGCUCUAGUUGUUAAAGAGCAACUGGCAAAUGUUGAGUUAAAAGAUGCCAGGAAGGAGUUGAUCGAUGGAAUGAAGCAGUACUCUUCUCGAGCUUUAAUCGGUGUCAAGAGAAUGGGAGAACUUGAAAUUAAAAGAUUUCAGGAGAUAACAAAGAGAAAAUUCCUCGGAAAAGAUGCAGAUCUGAAAGCUGCUCAAUUGUACUCAAUCUGGAGCAUCAUCUUAGGGAUCCCAAUUGGCAUCCCUUUAAAGAUGUAACCAGUGAAAAUGGUUCCGAGGUAUUAUAGGUUCAUAGUUGUUUCCCAUCUCUGUGUCCCCUUACGUAUAACUUAAUUAUUUCUUGUGUCUUGGUAGGAAAACAUCAUUGAUGAUAACGACGAAAGGUGAACAAUUUGAAGCAUGAGUUUGGAGAAGCUGCUUAUGAACUGGUAACUACUGCUUUGAUGUAGAUGAAGGAAGGAAAUAGUAGGUGCAUAACCACGGAUUUUUGGAAUUAUAAACUAGGAAGGAGAGCUACCCUCAAUGAAGGAAUAACAGAUGUUCUCCAGAAGUUGAAGGCCAGCAAAGCGAAGAAGCAUUAACUUUCAUGGUUAUGUUUACCAUUUCGAAUAGCAUAUUAUACCUUUCCAAGAAAUUAGAAUCUGUUUUAGACAAAGCAGCAUAUGUUAUGGUUGUACAGUUCAGACUGCUAAUCUUUUACCUUUUCUCUAUGGUAAUUUUUUGUCAUGACAAAAGAAAUUGAACCAUUUUUAGUAGAUGACUCCUUUGUAAUAGUGCUGCAAAAGGAAUCCAAAGCCCUGCUUUGGAGAAUCCAAGAUCCAAAGCCCUGCUUUGGAGAAUCCAAGGCUGUCUAAGGAAUAGCAAAAGCAAAUGGA